AACCUCUGACAUGAAUCAUUCAGCUUCUCUUCUCAACCUCAUCCCGUCACCGCCGCUCAGCUUUCUUCGCAGCCACAACGCGUCUCUCCACUAUCGAUGGGUCAAGAAACGGAGAUACGAUGCGAGAGGAAUCGAAAGCAAUUGCUGCAGUGAUAGUUGUAAGUUUACUUGUCCGUGAAGAACAGUUAUGUAUGUAUACCAUCUGCGCCACCCGUCUUCGCCGUGCUCUCUCGUGGUAUCUCAAAGCUCAAUUCGCCUUUCGCAGGCUGUGUCUCGGUCGACACAUCGGCACUAACAGUGUUGUUUUUGGUCUCUUUCAAUGGACCUUUUGGCCGCAAAGUCCUCUGCUUGUCUGCCAUGUGCCGAUUUGAUGAUUUCGUCAUGUGUCGUGAACGGUCCAACGUAGCGCGACGAAGACGCUCACGCGGAGCCGAAGCCGUGCCGCGUCCUCC